GGGCCGCGCCGUGAGUCGCCUCCAUCUUUCGGCACAAAGGAGCGGCGGCAGCGCCGGGCCGGGGCCGGGCAGGGGCGGAGGGCGCGGGGUCCGUGGCGGCCCCCGCUGUGCUCCCGGCGGGGCAGUGCGGAGCUGAGGCAAAGCUGUCUGGCAUGGAGCAGGCUUAGAAUUGUUCUCCCUGCUUUUAAAAACAUUCAGCUAAUGGUGAGUCUAAGAAUGGGACUCCUCAGCGCAGUUCCUAGGAGUGAAAGCAGAGUCAGUAAUGACUCAGUGCCCACCAUAAAGGCUUACAGAGCACUGCCUUUCCCAGAUAGACUUUGUGCCCUGGAGGAGAACAACCCCCUUCUGCCACAGCACUUUGUGAGCUCCCCCAGCCAUUCCUGAACCAAGCAAACUUACAGACCUCCUUCUGGAUGACCAAUGUGUGUUUUAAGUGAUUCUGUCAGCAGCUAAGUCUCCAACUUCCCACUCAUUCCAGCUGGUAGCAGCGUUUAAGAUGCAAAAAGAUCACAAUCCGGGAUCACACAAACAUUUCUCUUAAAACUUCCUAGAUGAUUGUAGUUGCUUUGGUUGUGUUCUACGCUAGCAGAAGCCUUUUCCAAGGUCUGCUGUUGACUCUAGAGCACCACAUUCCCCGUUUCCUGGGAGCCUUGGGAGCUGGCAGCAUGGGAAACUCGUGCGUUUGUCGCGACGACAGCGGGGCCGAGGACAACGGGACCUCUCAGGGCCGGCAAACGGAGAACAGCAGGACACACAUCCCUGAAGCAAGAGGCCACCCAAGGGACCCUGUCCGUCCACCCAGGAGGGGUCGAGGGCCUCAUGAACCAAGGAGGAAAAAACAGAAUGUGGAUGGGCUGGUGCUUGACACACUGGCUGUAAUUCGGACGUUGGUAGAUAAUGACCAGGAGCCUCCUUAUUCAAUGAUCACGUUGCAUGAAAUGGCAGAAACAGAUGAAGGCUGGUUGGAAGUUGUUCAAUCUUUAAUUAGAGUUAUUCCAUUAGAAGAUCCCCUGGGACCAGCUGUUAUAACGCUACUACUUGAUGAAUGUCCUCUGCCAACAAAAGAUGCAUUACAGAAGUUAACUGAAAUAUUAAACUUGAGUGGAGCUGCAGCUUGCCAGGACGCUUGUCACCCUGCCAAGCACCGGAACACGACUGCAGUGCUGGGCUGCUUGGCAGAGAAAUUAGCAGGUCCUGCGAGCAUAGGCUUGCUCAGCCCAGGCAUAUUGGAAUAUUUACUUCACAGCUUGAACUUCCAGUCCCACCCGACAGUGAUGCUUUUUGCACUAAUAGCACUGGAGAAGUUUGCACAAACAAGUGAAAAUAAAAUGACAGUUUCUGAAUCGUGCAUUAGUGACCAACUGAUCUUGCUGGAGAAAUGGACAGAUAACCCCGACUACUUAAAACGCCAGGUUGGAUUCUGUGCCCAGUGGAGUUUAGACAAUCUGUUUUUAAAAGAAGGCAGGCAGUUUACAUAUGAGAAGGUUGACUUGACCAACAUUAGGGCUAUGCUGAACAGCAAUGAUGUCAGUGAAUACCUGAAGAUCUCACCACAUGGAUUAGAGGCACGAUGUGAUGCCUCGUCCUUCGAAAGCGUGAGGUGCACGUUCUGUGUCGACUCUGGAGUCUGGUACUAUGAAGUUACUGUCAUUACUUCAGGAGUGAUGCAGAUAGGAUGGGCAACCAAAGACAGCAAAUUUCUCAACCAUGAAGGUUACGGCAUCGGGGACGAUGAAUACUCCUGUGCGUACGAUGGCUGCCGGCAGCUGAUCUGGUACAACGCCAGAAGUAAACCACAUUCCCAUCCCUGCUGGAAAGAAGGAGACACAAUAGGAUUUCUACUAGACUUGCAAGAAAAGCAAAUGAUCUUCUAUUUAAAUGGAAACCAGCUUCCUGCUGAGAAGCAAGUAUUUUCAUCUGCUGUAUCAGGAUUUUUUGCUGCAGCAAGUUUCAUGUCCUAUCAACAAUGUGAGUUCAACUUUGGGGCAAAACCCUUCAAAUAUCCACCACCAAUGAAGUUUAGUACCUUCAAUGAUCAUGCCUUUCUGACAGCAGAAGAGAAAAUAAUUUUACCCAGACACAGGCGCCUGGCUUUGCUGAAGCAAGUGAGUAUCAGAGAGAACUGCUGCACACUUUGCUGUGAUGAGGUAGCAGACACAGAACUCAGGCCGUGUGGACACAGUGACCUGUGCAUGGAGUGUGCCUUGCAAUUGGAGACCUGCCCUUUGUGUCGACAGGAAAUACAGACCCGAGUCAGACAGAUCUCUCACAUUUCAUGACACACGUGGAGAAAUACCACAGACUUGUUUUUAAAGAACUCCAACCAAUACUGAAAGGGGAAAGCAUCUCUAACCAAUCUGUAUGCACAUAGAACCAUAGCCACGGCCAGAUUUCAUGCUAACCUGUAAUCUGUUUAUCCUAAAACUGAAAUCUUUAAUAAGCUCUUCCCAGCUGCCAGCAAAGGGAGCUGGUUUCAGCAGUCAGGAGUUCUGGCUAUUGGUUCCGCCGAGCAAGAGCAGAGGGAGUUGUCUCUUCUUCCCCUUUUCCUUCUCGCCUGUCGCAAGUGCUGAAAAGAUUUGCACUGGAAGUACACAUACAAUGCAUUUUAGAAAAGAAGAGAAAAGUAUUUCCUAAAACAGGGCCGUGCUGUCUUGUGCUCGAAAGUCUAUUUUUGGCAGAAGUCAGUGCUAAAAAGAGAAUGCCAAUGUUUUCCUGUUUCAUGUAGCCUCCUGCUGGUCAGAGACUCUGUGUUUUCUGAUAUUAAACUGCUCAAAGACUCAAUCUGUACACAGACUGAUUUGAAAAGACAGUGUGGAGACUGUAGAGAAACUCACAGGUUUUAAUAACUUGGUGAUUCCAAAGAAUGUUCUGAUUUGUUUUUAAAUGUUAAAAGAUCAGUGGUAUUUUCAAGUACAUAAUGUUUCUGAUACUUUUAACUUCGGUACCCACAUUUUUUUGUGAGGUUAUAAUUUUCAGGAGGUAUUCUUAACUAAUUAUAAUGCUGGACUGGAAUUAAUUUGAUAUUCUGGGUAUUUUUUAAGGUAUCAUCGAACAUCUUUUUUAAUCAGUGUUGUUUUUGAAAGUUAGCUCAAUUUUUCCAAAGUGAAUAUAUCUUAAAAUAUUAGAGGAGACUUCUGGACCCAUUUAUUUAAAACAAGGUUAUUUGGAUAGCAAUUUCAGUCUUAUUCUUAACUCCUUAAAAAUGCACCUUGCUUGCCACUUGUCAGUCCUGCUCUGAGCAGGUUUGGGGCCACACUUCCUAUUUUUUGGUAGGGAUCAUACAGUGGGAAUCUCUGCUCCACUUUAAUUACACAUUUGUGAUGUUUGUAUGUUAAGGAUGCACUUCAGUAGGCAGCUCUUGACUUCUACUAGGUUUCUACAAGGAAUCAGGGUUCACAGCUGGUGUCAGUGAAGUAGCACAAAAAUAGGUGGGGUUCUGCUUAUUUUGCACCAACUGAGGAUAUGACUCGGUCUCUUCCAAGUCUUGCACCGGUUGAUUUUUUUAAAAUAUCUGUCUGUAUAGUAGAACUUUACUAAUUCACACACAACUUACACCAAAACCAUCCCACUUCUUGGCAGUGAUUCAGCAGCAGAGGCUGUUGUAGUGAAUUCUCAUGGUGUGAUGUAGCUUAUUUUUAAAAUCAUUUAUUAUCUUUAUUGUACUAUGGAGUACUAACAAAGCAGAGCUGAGGCUGCUUCUUCCUGCUGAGCACUCUGGCUUCCUACAGACCUCAGCAGUGAGAGCUCUGCACACAGGUACCAGAACCCAGCUCUCUAGCAACUCCUUUCACCUUCUGCCUUUGCUAACUCAAGGGUGCUGAACUUCAUCCAGAGAUGUGUGAAUUAGGAAAGUUCUGUCCAUCAUUUUCACGUUGACUUUUGUCCAAAUGUAGACUGAAUCCAGCAGCAGAGUGCUGGUUAGUGUUUUUGCUAAAAUGUGGAUUUUCUUCCACCUUGGUUGCCUGUUUUGAUUUGAGUCAGACUGGCAAAUCUGUGCCACAGGGAUCUCAUUUCCUCGCCGACUGUACUUUACAAUGUUUUGCUGUAUCCAUGUUUUCAGUCAGGGCCGAGUCCCUUCCAGCUCCAUGCUCAGUGAGCAAACAUGAGCUCCAUCACUGCCACAAGGGUGUUAAAAAUUCAGAAUCACUUUGAAAUGAAGUUCUAAGCGCUUCCAAAUGCAAUGAUGGGUUUUUAUCCCUAAGGUACAGUUACAAAUCAUACUUUAGGGAAGAGGUGGGACAGAACCAUUUUGAACUCUGCCUUAAUAGAGUCUAGUAAUUUCAGGGCUUUGGUUUCCCUGGCCAGGAUUAACUGAGGUAAAAUUUUCAGAAGUGCCUAGGACUCCUAAUUUGUAUCGACUGCUGUAUGAGAUUAAGGUCUUCAGGCCCAAGCCCACAACGGCUUCCAGGCACCUGCUGUCCCCUUGGCCCGCAGGUGGCCUUAGAGCCUCGCUGCCUUUGUGGACAUGGGGCUAAGUGCCUGCGUUCUUUAUGGAGAAGAUGUAAAUGCUUUGGAAAAUUUUGCCCCAGACCGUCUUCCAUGCAGCUGGUGCUGGGCAGAGGAAGCCAGCGGUGGCGGAGGAGGGAGCUGUGUUGCAGAGAACUGUCCUGUUCAUUUCACGAAGGGAAAGACUGUCUACCUUGCCCGGCUUUCUGCCGCCGUCCAGGCCGGGGGGUUUCUGUCAAGCUGGGUACUCCGUGAGCAGCGCGCCGUCACCCUCGCUCCCUGCACCCACAGCUCGGGGCCAGGGAUGGGAGGUGGCCACUCCACAGGCCCUCACAGGGCCACAUGAAUUGUAGCAAAGUUGUCCAUUCAACAAUAAAAACAUCUUGA